AUGAAUCAAUUCAGAGUGACUUUCUCUGAUGAUGAAGCCGAGUUUCAUAAUCAACCACAACAUGCUUUUAUUACGGAGGAGGAUGAUGAUGAAGAAUUGUUUUUAGGAGAAAAAAAGAAUAACCAUGGUUACUUUGGAGAUGAUUUAGAACAGGAAGUACAAGCUGAUCCAUUGUUUCAAGCCAAGAAGAAUGAAUUACAUCAAAAGAAGAAAUUUAAUAGAUUAUUUUGUGUAUUUAUGAUUACUGUAUUUCUAUUAAUUGGAUUAGCUUUGGUUUUAGGCUUCUCUUUAUAUAUUCACUUUAAAACAUAUUUCAAUGUUGUAGAUAAUAACACUAGUUAUUGUUCAAUUAAUUUUAAUCAAACUUAUCCAAUGGAUAUAGAAAAAUAUAAAGAAUCAAGAAGAUUAAUUCAAAUGAGUUUUGGAAUUAAGGAGAAGGAGGCUGUUUAUUUGCCAUAUUCAGAAUAUCCUUCAGAGAUAAGUUACUUGACUGGUUUUUCAAUCCCUGAAUAUUACAAAGAUGAUGUGCUCUUAUUUUUGACAAAUUCCAAAUCAUUCAUUUGCAUUAUUGGAUCUGGACAUAAUACUAAAUACUUUGAUCAAAUUCCAGUGGAAAACAUUUUUGAUGAGUCUAUUUGUGAGAAAUAUUUGGCUACCUCUGAGUUUGUAAUUCUUGGAAAGAACACUGCUUACAAUCCGCUUAACUUAACAAUUGAAAACAAUGAAGCAAUUUUGGCUAAAAUUACUGGAUCCAGAUCUAUUAAAGGAUCAUUUGAUAGAGACUCUCUUUACUAUGCUUCAGAAUUGAUAUCCAAUAGUUUUCAAAAAGUUAAAAACUAUCUUUCUCAAUCAACAAGUUUACAACAAUCUCUUAAGAAUACUAUUGUGGAGCAAUUCUACCAAAGCCUUGAAAAUUGCAUUUCAUCACCAUUAAGAAAUAGUUGGAUUUCAAAGCUUGUUGAAGAGCCAAUAACUCAUUUAUAUGGCAGCGGAGACUCACAAACAUUCUCUAUUGAAGUGACUUACUCUUAUUUUAACAAUAGAUUAACUCUUGCUAGGACAUUUGUAGUUGGAAAUAAUUUCACUUUAGAUGGAAGACUUGUAUCAACAAUAGAGGAUAACUUGAAAUUAAUCAAGUCAAAUUUGGUUCACGGAUCUCACCCAACACAUAUCCAAGAAUUAAUUUCCAAUAACACAAUGAGAUCAUUAAUUUCAUUGGGUGUGAUCACUCCAACUCUUUCUAGCGAGGAUUUAUUCGAAACUAUUUAUAAGGAGGGACUGUCUAAAUAUUUUAUAUCUCAAAAUUUAUUUGAUUGGUUGGAUUCUCCUUUGGUUGUAGAACAAUUUGAAUCAGAAAUGAUUGUGGGAGUAGAUCUUAGUAUUAUUAUUCCUGGUAAAGCAGAUCCAGUUUGGCAAAAUAUUGAUAUUGACCCUAAACUCAAUUCAAUUAAUUAUAAGGACACCUUUAUUGUAACUACAGACAAAGCAUUGCAAAUUGACAAGAAUUUUUAAUUAAAAUAUUAUUUACAUUU